AUGAAGGAUGAGGGGGGAAAGGAUAGGGCCACAAGCUGUAGCACUGGAUCAAAUGUAGACCCUUCGCUAACUAGACACCAGGCGAUUGAAAUUCAUCCAUUGGAAGAUGUCAAUGUUGACCUGAAUGAGGAGGGAACAGUUAGAAGAUGGACAGUAGGCACAAAUAAUCUGAAGGCAAACAAAACAGUGUUACUCAUGGGAGUGACUGGAGUGGGAAAAUCAACUCUCAUCAAUUAUAUUGCCAACUACAUCCUUGGGGUCAAUUUCGAGGACAACAAAAGAUUCCAAUUAAUCCCAGAUGAAAAAAAGAGUCAAACUGCAUCUCAAACUACUGCCAUCACUGUGUAUGAAAUCUUUGGCCAUGAAGGGGACCGUGUUCCUUUUUCAGUUACAAUCAUCGACACCCCAGGAUUUGGAGACACAAAUGGGAUUGAACAAGAUCAACUCAUUACUAAAAACCUUCAAGAAUUGUUUAAGUCCAAAAAUGGAGUACACCAAAUUGAUGCCGUGUGUUUUGUUGUUAGAGAGGAUGAGGUUCGUCUCACCCUCACCCAACACUACAUAUUUGAGUCCAUCCUUUCCAUAUUUGGAAAAGACAUUGAAAAAAACAUCCUUGCACUCAUCACAUUUAUCCACACGGGCACCGUGGCCAGGCCACAGGAUGUCGGAGGACACCAGGUUCGGCAUGAGGCACAGGGUAAAGUUGGGGCGUCGGGACGAGCAGAGCAGAAUGACAACCAGGACAACUAUGUUACCAGGGAGGACCAGUGCACAGCACAGCCCCAGGCUCAAAAUCAGAUGGCCCUAAUCCGGGGUGGUGGUGUCCAAGCUGGAGGUGUUGGAGGAGUUAUGGUUCUCCACGGUGCUUGA